UUUAUUCUCCCUGAUUGUGCAUAAGGGUGGAACACCCACGGCGCCGCUAUCUACGGAUUUUGGCAAGCUGAAAGCACGGUUAAGAUCGCCUUCAGGAGCGGCGGUUAGAAGAAUGAAAAAACAAUAUCAAAUACUGACUAGACAGCAUCAAUUAUUACCGUUGUCAAAAGUUUAAUGAAUAUCACAAACAGAAUCUACCUUACGGGAAGAAUUUACAUUACAGCUUAGAGGGGUCAUAGUUCAGAACCCAUGUUGAAAAGGGAACCCCUGUUGCAGAGUUGCAGAGGGAAAUAAGAGGGAACCUAUGUUGCAGAUGGCAGAAUUUUCAUUACACCUAAAUAAUCAAUUUCCCACGCUUCGAUUUUCAAUAGGACAACUGCGUGGGCUCCAUGGGCGCCACCGCGCCCAAGUUGGAUCCGAACUUCUACCCCCCAUCGACCGUUGGUGGAUGGUGGAUUUAUAUCUAGAUGAUGUUGGUGACGAACUCAAGAUCACUCUGCUUGAGUAUGAAGGAGAACAGAACGAACCAUUUCGACAGCGGUGGCUCACACGUUUAUCAAAAUGUAAUCGAGAACGCCUUGAGCAACUCGAUAACCACAGGAACCGUCGACUCCGUCAAGGGUUUGAUGCAUUAUUGGCCGUCUCAGGCCUUUGGGGUCGUGGAAUGCGGAUCAGUAUGAUCCAUCGCUUGAUCGCUGUUGGCUGUAUUGAGGAGAUCUUAAACAGUCUUAGCGAUAUAGGAGAGUACUGGUCUUCCCUCGUUGACUACAGUCCAGCUGCGAUGACAAAGAUCAGCUCAGACACUGUGGAGGAGCUGCAACUGAUGGCGCCUCACACAUCUCGCAUCGAGGCGAAAGCUGCGCGGGGGUAUGUCCUGAGCGGCCAGGCCUUUGUUGGCUUCAGUGAAAGUGAGAGGAAGACCAUCUGGAGCCGAAUGGAGAAGUUUGAUGGAUUGAUCCCUUCUGUGUAUACAUUUUUUGAGAACUUCAAGUAUCUAGAAAGUUGCGCCCACUGCGUGAAACGACUCUUUGGCCCUUCUAGAGAGUCAAUCUGGAACACCAUGAAGCAUAUGUUCAUCACUGCCCUCAACACGGAGGAAGAUUGCCUCAUUCAGACAUCAGAGUCUACAUUCCGGCAGACACGUAUGAUGAGUGCUGAACGUCUCAAUUUGGCGUAUCGACAGGUGUGGCUCUAUGCCAUGCGACACUAUCUCUUGAUGCCAGCUGACCCAAAGAACGAUGAUGACCUGCUAGCCAAGCCGAACCGUGCCAAAGCUGACGAGCGUGUGGUCUACGAGAUGGCCAAACUGGCGCACCGUCUCGGAUUUCACUCCCCUGAGAUUACAGCAUUGAUGAACCAGUCUCCUGAUCAACAAAUUGCACGAGCCGCUCUGCUCCGGGUCCGAAUACAAGGAUAUCAAGUAGGCUAGUUAUACUCAAGCCCAUGAGGUGGAAAUCAUAUAACUACGUGUACCUUCUUUGAAUAAAAUGACGGCAAAACAUCCUAUCGUUUAAAACAACUGAUUGGAUUGUCUUCCCUUCUUUAGUCGAUUGUAUGCAGGCUAUAGCACUC